UCGCUCCGUCUGUCAUCUUCCUCCUCGGCUCCUCGCGCGAGCGCCGCCACCCCUCCCUCCCAAUUCCGCUGCCGGGCGCCGCAGCCCCCUGCCUCGUCUUCCGCCACCGUAGGUAUCUAUCUCCCCUUCAAUUCUCUCGCUCCCGACCUCCCAUAACCUACCUUGCCCUACUGGGUCCUCCGCCCGUGCCAGCGACCUUGGAGGGAGGCGGGAGAUGAAGAACUUGAAGCUUGUGACCAGGAUCGCGCAGCAGCUCCAGCUCCAGCUCGACGGAGAGACCCUCGUCGUAUCCUCCAUUGACGCCGAGCGCCACCGCGCCUUCUUCGCCUCCUCCGCCAACUUCCUCUACUCCGUCCACCUCCUCGCCUCCACCCAGCAACCAUUGCAAUGGAGCAAAACUACUCUAGACUCAGAUGUGGAGGAGGUUGUUCUUGAGCCUGGAGAUUGCAUAGUUGCUAUGGAUUAUCUAAUGGAAAAGGAAUCUCUGCUCCUUGGUUCAUCAGAUGGUUGUCUCUUAUUGUAUAACGUGGAGGAAAGAACAACCGAAGUUGUAGGAAGGGUGGAGGGUGGUGUUAGGACCAUUGCCUCUAGUCCUGAUGGGGCCCUUCUCUCUGUAACAACCGGAUUUGGGCAGUUGCUCGUCAUGACACAUGACUGGGAAGUGCUGUCUGAGACUUCUAUUGACCCUCAAAGUACUGGUGCAGGUGAGAUCGACAGUUGUGGUGCUCUGAUCCAAAGUUCUAUUUCUUGGAGGGGUGAUGGGAAAUUUUUUGCUACCCUUGGGGGCCUUGACGGUAGCCCUCAAAAACUUACUAUUUGGGAACGUGAAUCUGGAAAGGUGCAUUCUUCUUCAGAUACCAAGAAUUUUAUGGGACAAUCACUUGACUGGAUGCCGAGUGGAGCCAAGGUUGCUACUGCGCAUGAUAGGAAGACAGAGGGAAAGGGCCCUCUUGUUGUAUUCUAUGAGAAGAAUGGCUUAGAAAGGACCUGUUUUUCCAUUAAUGAGACAGCAGAGGUUGUCAUCCAAGCUUUAAGAUGGAACUGCAACUCCGAACUCCUAGCUGCUCUAGUUUCUUGUGGCCAGUAUGAUGUUAUUAAAAUAUGGUCCUGCAGCAACAAUCACUGGUAUUUGAAACAAGAGCUGCACUACACAAAGAAAGAGGGGGUGAAGUUUUCUUGGGAUCCGACAAAACCGCUGCAUCUCAUUUGUUGGACACUAGGAGGCGAGGUUAUUACCCACAGGUUUGCUUGGACUACUGCUGUCAGUGAGACUUCGAUUGCCUUAGUUAUUGAUGGCUCCCAUGUCCUUGUAACUCCUCUCAAUUUGGACCUCAUGCCACCCCCCAUGUCGCUGUUCCAUCUUGCAUUUCCUUGUGCGGUGAACGAGGUUUCGUUUCUAUCCAAGAACUCAAAGAACCAUUUGGCUGCUUAUCUUUCAAAUGGCUGCUUAUGUUUUGUGGAACUUCCAGCGGAAGAUACCUGGGAAGAGUUGGAAGACAAUGGGAUAAGUGUUGACCCUUGCUGUUCUGACUUCACUCUGAAUAACUGCAUGCACCUCACUGUGGUAGAUACACGUACAUUGAUUGGUAUCUGUCGCUGCAGUGAUUAUUGUUCUUCAACACCGAUGAUGUCCAGCGAAGCUAGUAACCUGGCAGAAAAACAUGAUUCACUGUUCUUUGUCAAUGAGAUCAAACUUGUAUGUUCUGAAGAUUCUUUACCAGGUUCAGUGAGUUCAUCUGGUUGGCAAGCUAGAGUAUCAAAGAGAAUGCCUCUGGAGGGUCCGGUUGUUGGAGUCUCCCGGAACCUAGGAAAAGGAGGUUCAGCCUUUAUCCAAUUAAGUGGAGGAAAGAUUGUUGAAUACUGCUCUGAUGUAAAUUUGUUGAGAAUGACUGCACCGACAAAAGGCGGUGAAGUUUGUUCCGAUUAUGAUUUUCCAACAUCAUGCCCUUUGAUGACUGCUGUUCCAUGCCAUCAAAAUGGUGUGGUCCGAACCCUUCUCUUUGGACUCGACGACAGCAGCAAACUGCAUUUGGGCAAAAGGUUGUUGAGCAACAACUGCAGCAGCUUUACAUUCUAUUCCAGUGCUUAUGGAGCUGCUGAGCAGGUUGUGACACACUUGCUUGUGACUACUAAGCAGGAUCUUUUAUUCAUUGUGGAUGUCAAUGAUAUUUUACUUAAAAACGGCCAAGUGACAGUUGAUGGCCAUGUCAAUAGCCAUCCUCGUAGAAAGCAAAGCAAAGAGCAUAUCACUGUGUGGGAGAAGGGGGCAAAACUUGUUGGGGUUCUCCAUGGUGAUGAAGCAGCGGUCUUAAUGCAAACAACCCGUGGUAACUUAGAGUGUAUGUACCCUAGAAAGCUGGUCCUUGUUUCAAUUGUUCAAGCACUGGUUCAGAGGCGUUUCAAAGAUGCAAUGGACAUGGUAAGGCGCCAUCGGAUAGAUUUCAACAUGAUGGUUGAUUAUUGUGGAUGGAGAACUUUUAUCAAGUCAGCUGCAGAUUUUGUCACAGAAGUCGGUAACCUUAGCCACAUCACUGAAUUUGUUUGCUCAAUUAAGAAUGAGAAUGUCAGCAGCAAAUUGUAUGAGGCCUACAUAUCAUUUCCUGAUCAGUGCACAACCUCAAUGGAUAAUGCAAACUCAGAUGACAUUUUCUCAGAUAACAAAGUAACAGCUGUACUGAUGGCAAUUCGAAAAGCCCUCGAGGAACAAACAGAAGAAAGCUCAUCAAGAGAGCUCUGCAUACUGACCACUUUGGCACGUAGUGAACCUCCAUUGUUGGAAGAAGCACUAAAUAGAAUUAAAGUCAUUCGAGAACUGGAACUUCUUGGGGUUGAUGAUGCAAGACGAAAGCUCUACCCAUCUGCUGAAGAGUCUCUGAAGCACUUGCUUUGGUUAACAGAACCAGAAGCUGUUUUUAAUGCUGCUUUGGGUCUGUAUGAUCUGAACCUUGCUGCUAUAGUUGCUUUAAAUUCCCAAAAAGAUCCCAAGGAGUUCCUUCCUUUUCUCAAGAGUCUUGAAUGCCAACCUCCUUCUAUUAUGAGGUACACAGUAGACUUAAAGCUUGGAAGAUAUGAGAGUGCUCUCAAAAACAUUGUUUCUGCUGGUACCGAGUAUCACAAGGAUUGUAUGGAACUCCUUAACGCUAACCCUCAGUUGUUCCCACUGGGCCUCCAGUUAUUUAGUGACCUAGAUAAAAGGCAUCAAAUUCUUGAGGCAUGGGGUGACCAUCUUUCUGAAGAAAAGUGUUUCGGAGAGGCUGCAAUAACUUAUCAAUGUUGUUCAUCAUAUCAGAAAUCCUUGAAAGCUUAUCAUGCGUGUGGGGACUGGAGAGGUGUGUUCACUGUCGCAGGCCUUUUGAAAUUCGGAAAGGAAGAGAUUCUAAAACUAGCACAUGAACUAUGUGAUGAAUUCCAAGCACUUGGGAAGCCGGGAGAUGCUGCUAAAAUAGCACUGGAUUACUGCUCAGAUGUUGAUAGAGGCAUAGGCUAUUAUAUCACUGCAAGAGAAUGGGAAGAAGCUCUUAGAGUGGCUUAUAUGCACAGCAGGCAGGAUAUGGUCGAUACUGUUAGACAUGCAGCUUUGGAAUGUGCUGCAUUGCUGAUAUCCGAGUAUCAAGAAGGAUUGCUGAAGGUGGGUAAGUAUCUAGCACGUUACAUUGCUGUGCGGCAGAGGAGAUUGUCACUUGCGGCAAAACUCCAGUCAGAGGACUGCCUUAUGGAUGUUGAAGAUGACAACAUUUCAGAAGUCAGCUCUAGUUUCAGCGAAAUGAGUGCAUAUACCACCAGGUCAACAAAGGAGUCAAGUGCGUCUGUCAUAUCUAGCAGUGCCAGCAAGUCACGAGGUGCAAGACGGCAAAAGAAAGGUGGCAAGAUACGAGCUGGAAGUCCUGGGGAGGAGAUGGCACUUGUGGAUCAUCUCAAGGGGAUGUCUCUUACCACUGGUGCGCAGAAUGAGCUUAGGACCCUGCUUGUAGUUCUAACACAACUGGGGAAAGAAGAUAUUGCUCGUCAGGUGCAGCUGGCUGGAGAUAAUUUCGAGGUAUCUCAAAUGGCUGCAGUGAAGUUGGCCGAGGAUACGGUGUCUAGCAACAAGAUAGACGAGAACGCACAUACUCUUGAGCAUUACGUGAAAAUGCUGAGAGCCCAUCAGCCUGUUGCCACCGGUGAAACUAUUUCUUGGCGAAUCAAAGCACUGUCACCGCCUUGACUGGCAUGUAAUCCAGUUCACAAACAGCUGUCUGACUGAUUACCACCACAUUUUACAACAAAAUAGUAUUCCUAAUCUUUCUACGAUGGAAUAUGGUUUAAGGCUUGCUGGCGAGUUGAGCAUUGUGUCUUAUUGGGAUACGCCGGUUGACCGUGGCAACCAUUGCUGUAUUAAGUCCAGGUGGAGUGCUUUCUGUAGUUGUAUUAUGUAUUGAAGAUAUCAAAGUUUAGUAUUGAUACA